ACUGCACAUUUCAAGGGCAGUUACCAGUCUGUCCACCCUGUGAGCUCUAUAAUAUGAACAUGCUGUGCAGAGUUGGCCAAAUACGCAGGUGUGCAGCCAGCCUGAGCCAAACUAUAAACCAGGUAGCUGCAUCGAGGCAGAAGCACACGCUCCCUGACCUGACCUACGACUAUGGCGCCCUGGAGCCCCACAUCAAUGCAGAGAUCAUGCAGCUGCACCACAGCAAGCACCAUGCUACAUAUGUCAACAACCUCAACGUUACGGAGGAGAAAUAUCAGGAGGCAUUAGCGAAGGGAGAUGUGACGACACAGGUUGGCCUCCAGGCUGCGCUGAAGUUUAACGGAGGAGGCCACAUUAACCACACUAUUUUCUGGACAAACCUCUCUCCAAAUGGAGGAGGCGAGCCGCAGGGGGAGCUGAUGGAGGCCAUUAAGCGGGACUUUGGCUCCUUCCAGAAGAUGAAGGAGAGGAUGUCUGCAGCUACAGUGGCCGUGCAGGGCUCGGGGUGGGGCUGGCUGGGCUUCGACAAGGAGAAUGGAAGACUUCGUAUCGCUGCUUGUGCUAACCAGGAUCCCCUGCAGGGAACUACAGGUCUCAUCCCCCUCCUUGGAAUCGAUGUAUGGGAGCAUGCUUACUACCUUCAGUAUAAAAAUGUGCGGCCGGACUAUGUUAAGGCGAUCUGGAACGUCAUCAACUGGGAGAAUGUGAGCGAGCGUCUCCAGACUGCCAAAAAGUAGAACUUAAUCCUCAAAUAUUCUCCGUUACUCCCUUCACCCUGACCUGGACCUGAGUCAAACAGUAGUUGCAAAUAAUGUUCAGUUUUAAGCAUGGAGUUUCUGAUUUUUGGCAUUUCUGUAUUCAGAUUUACGACAGUUUGAAGUUGAUUAACUUUAAAAUACAAUAAGGUUAAACAAAACUUAAAAUCUUGUUUGCAAGUGCUUUUUUUUCUCUCUGAUCCCGACCUCCAAACUCUUGGAGGAUCCAAGCGCACAAACUGGCCUCCUUACACAUCAAGGUUGGCUAUUGUUAAUCUCACCCAAAUAUAUGAAGGCAAAUUCAGUCAGCUUUGUCUUUGUCAGAAAAAGUCGCACUAAUAUCAGGCAAUGUUAUUGCAGUCUGUGUUUUUGAUGUAUUAUAAUAAAAUUAUAUUUCAAUUGUACAA